ACGUCAUCAAGCUUAGGUACCUAGGUAUUUACCUACAUGUAUUUACCUCCAUAUAAGACUUAAGUAACCUAGGAACAUCUUCUACAAUACACACAUCUUAUAAAUACCAUUCGACCAUCAGCAUCCGCUUUGAAUUCUAGACUUAGACUCUUAAUCAAACAGCACUUGUUCAACUUCACAGUCCCAUAGUAUCAUAUUCUCAUCAUGUCUUCAAGAAUAUUCCCCUGCGAUGGAUUGUUUUGCCACCAGCCCGCCCUUUUCGCUUGCUAUUCCUGCCACCUAGUACAAUACUGCUCAUAUGAAUGCCGAAACAACGAUGUUGCGCACCAGAAUGUCUGCAGAUCCCCGUACAGAAGCCUAAACUGGCGUCCUACGUGGUAUCGAGAAAACAGACUACCCAUGUUCUUCAACCAAAGUCCUCCGCACCUAAAUUCGUCUGGAAGACAACCUUAGGGAAGGUCUAUCGCACUAGAUAUACUCCAGCUGGGAUUUAACGAGGGACGAGACUUCCAGGAAGACUUGAAUUUACUAUUCAUUGGUUGUGGGGACCUCAGAAACGUUAUGAUGACUGUGAACGGCAUCCCAGAGGAUUAUCCGAAGAAAGUCAAAAUCGUAAUCAGUAACAAGGAUUUCAAUGUCGUUGCCCGCGCCUACAUAAUUCUUACCUAUCUUCUCUGUCACGACGAUGUGCUCCUGGCGACGGAGAACACCAUACAUUUAUGGUACUCUGCCUUCAUACCAGAAUCGUUACACAGUUGGAUUCGCGGCCCGCUAUAUGAGUAUAUUCUCAUCGAGUCUUACAAAUUUCGAGAUCAGCAUGGAUUCGAACCAAAUACUAUAGAGAGGUUCUUCUCGGAUGAAAUAACUGACGCGUGUUCAACAAGGAUGACUAGAGAAUUAGCGGGCAUUUCUGCAUCUAUCAACCUCAAAUUAGCUUAUACAGACUGGCCUUAUCUAGCAAGGUACCUAGAAAGGGAUUUAUUGCGGGAAGAGGCCAUAUCUGCUCGGAACGCCGUAGUCGCCUGUGAAAGCAGACUAGAUAACAGAGAACGUUAUUUAUUUAGACAGCCGUAUGCCGAGCGUCCUUGCUAUAUCAGGUUCAUGGAGGAAGGGAUUUUACUACCCAUGGGUCGGCCUUCGCACGACAUAGUCAAGCCUAACGUCACCCUUUUCGACUUCUCUAGCGGCGUGGGUACAUGGCUUCUUGACGACACAAGAGGGCCAGAGCGUAGGUGGUCUCGGUCCGAGUUCAAGAAGACUUUUCCUGGCUUUGCAAAAAACGAUAUAUACGGCAAGCUUUUCUAUUACUUGCAGGGCAUUAUCACUACUUUCCACACCCGAAUGCGCACGCUUGAUAUCGAGUUCAGCAUAGAGCACAAUUCCCUCAGCAGUUUGAAUAGGUGCAAAUUCGAUCGCAUCUUGCUUCCCGAAGAAGAAACGCAUUCAUAUAUCGUACCCACAGGUCUCAAGAGGUGGCCCGGCGACUUUCUCAACCCUCAUAAUCUCAAGUCAACUAUCAUAACGCCUUGCAGGAUAUGUCCAACUCCGGGUAGAAAAAUGAACACUAACGAUAAUAGACAUGAGCUUGUGGAUCUAUUACCUAGAUACUUUGAAAUUCCCCCUUGGAAAUCUCCUCAAUUCCCGAUUUUUGAUACGUUGGACCCUAUAAAGCUCCAGCUCCUCGAAUUCGCCGUUCCUGUAGGAUAUAUCGAAAGCUUGUUUAGAAUAGACAAUUGCGACGAUUACUUCAAGGGGACGUGGGAGAGAAGUGACGUUUUCAGAAAAGAGGAAAAUACUAUCGUUGAGCCGUGGCCUUACUUUCCGGGGGAAAAACCCACUCUGUGGACAGCAUCUACCCCCGAACUGGAUCAAGACAUAGUAUUCGAGGAUAGAUAUCCUGCGGUGUGGUAUAUUGAGUGGGAUCUUUGUUACCGUUACAGAACACCCCCUUAGUGUAUCUUUAUUUAUGCGGCCUACUAAAUCAGUAGAGAAAUAACCGUUUAAAAUUAACACCUCGCUCUCUGCACUUCAUCAUCAA